AUGGAAUGGCCAGCAAAGCGGGAGCCACGCGCCGGCCGGGCCGUUAGUCGCCGGCUUCGGGGCAGUGUCUCACAUUCUAUAGAGCGCGCUCUCCGUGCCUUUGACCGAAUUCCUGCAACUAAGGGUAGGAUUGACGAUCAUUUCUCCAAGCAUAACUUCAACUACCGCAAUACCAUCAUGGCUCCAAUAUCGAUUCCAUUUCAACGAGUAGUCUCGCGAGUCGACGGCCAGAACCUCACGUGGAAGUCCACAUGGGAAGAGAACCUGAGCCCAAGUAGAGAGGUCGGAUGCAGCAAGCAAGCAAGCUGGCCCAUUGCCCGUUUUCUUUGUGCAACUUGA